CCCCCAUCCCUGCCCUCGGCUUUUUUCUCCCCGCCUGUCUGCUCUGCUGCUUCACAACACAGUACAGUACAGUACACACUAGUCCUCUAGUAGUGGCAGCAACCAACACAAGUGUGUAGAGUCUCUCCUCGGAGCUUCAGUUUCUGUUCUGUAUAAACCAGCCAUUUAUCAUCAAUCAUGGCCGCCGGAGUACAAAUUUAACUCCCGUCUUUCCUCCCUGUCGUCUGGAGGGGAGGAUUUUUGUUUGGGGAAACUAAAAAAUAUUAGUCCCACACUGAUUUUGGAUUUCCUCUUGGAAUUACAAUACAUCUCACAAGGGAAAUACCAUUCAUGUCAAUACUCCAAAAUGCAGCCGCCGCCGAGGAAGGUCAAAGUGACACAGGAGCUGAAAAACACACACACAGAGCAGAUGACAAGGCUGCACUUUAAACACCAGACCGAAUGUGACCUGCUGGAAGACAUGAGGAGCUACAGUCUGAAGAAGGGACAGCUGGAGAGGGACUAUGCACAGGCUCUGCAGAAGUUAGCGAGCCAGUACCUAAAGAGGGACUGGCCUGGAAUCAACCCUGAUGACCAGAGAACAGACUACAGGAAUGUGUAUGCAGUGUGGAGGUCCUACUUAGAAGGCACAGUGCAGGUGAGCCAGUCCAGACUCAACGUGUGCGACAACUACAAAAGUCAAGUAUCCGAGCCCGCUAAGACUGUUAGACUCUACAAGGAGCAGCAGCUCAAAAAGACCAUAGAUCAGUUGAGUGGCAUUCAAGCAGAGCUGCAGGAGUCGGUGAAAGAGUUGGCCAAAGCCAAGAAAAAAUACUAUGACUGUGAGCAGGUUGCCCACGCCGUACGGGAGAAGGCGGACAUAGAGGCCAAGUCUAAACUGGGUCUUUUUCAGUCAAGAAUUAGUUUACAGAAAGCAAGUGUAAAGUUGAAAGCCAAGAGAAAUGACUGUAACUCCAAGGCGACACAGGCCAGGAAUGACUACUUGCUAACACUAGCUGCUGCCAACGCUCACCAUGACCGGUACUACCAUACAGAUCUACUGCACUGCAUACAGGCCCUGGAUGGCAGGAUCUACGAGCAUGUGAAAGACUACCUAGUAGCACUGUGUCGCACCGAGCUAGAGGCCUCCCAAGCCACACACAACACCUUCCAGUUCCUGUUGGAUAAAUCAACCAGGAUAAUACAAGAGUUCAACCAGCAGUUGUUCAUGCAGGAGAACCCUGUGUUUCACAAAGCACACGACUUCCAGUUCCAGCCCAGCGAAUGUGACACGCUGGAAUCAGAGACGGGGACGACAGAGGAGCACAGCCUCAACAAGGAAGCCAGAAAAUGGGCGACCAGAGUGGCCAGAGAACACAAGAAUAUCAUACAUUACAAGAGAUGUCUGGAGGAGUGUGAGGGCCACGGCUUGCCCCCCACAGAACAGGGCAGACUAGAUCUGGAGAUGAAGAUAGAAGACACCAAAGAAAACAUACGCAAAGCUGAGACAAUAAAGUUAAAAGCUGAGGCUCGGUUGGACCUUCUGCGGCAAGUGGGGGUUGCUGUUGAUACCUGGCUGAAGAGCGCCAUGAACCAGGUGAUGGAGGAGCUGGAGAAUGAACGUUGGGCCAGCUACACUUCCCACGAUCCCUCACUGUCGGGCACAGUGGACUUGGAGCGUGAGGAGGGAGAGGAGUGUGAAGAGAAUAUGGAGGUUUUUGACGACAGCAGUUCCAGUCCUUCAGGAACCCUCCGAAACUACCCGCUAACCUGCAAAGUCCUUUACUCGUACAAGGCCUCUCAGCCGGAUGAGUUAACUAUUGAUGAACAGGAGAUGUUGGAGGUCAUUGAGGAUGGGGACAUGGAAGACUGGGUCAAGGCUCGCAAUAAGACAGGUAAAGUGGGCUAUGUGCCAGAGAAAUACCUGCAGUUCCCGACCUCCAACAGUCUGCUGAGCAUGCUCCAGUCUCUGGCUACACUCGAUGCUCGAUCGCACACCUCGUCCAAUUCCACCGAGCCAGAGCUGCACUCCAACUGCAUCAAUGGAGAUGCAAACAUGAUGUAUGUCCGCGCGCUUUAUGAUUACGAGGGCCAGGCAGACGAGGAACUUUCCUUUUCCGAGGGAGCGGUGAUCCGCCUGUUGAGCCGCGACACUCAGACAGACGACGGCUUCUGGGAGGGGGAGCUCAACGGACGGGUGGGCGUCUUCCCCUCCGUCUUAGUAGAAGAUUUCACUGAGAAUGGGACCAGCGGAGGAGUGUUGGGCGACAUACAGAUUUCUCCGUCUCUGAAGCUGCCAUCCUCUCUGCCACCUCUUCCUCUGUAUGACCAACCUCCCAUCAGCCCUUUCACCAGCCCCGAGACCUCCACCCCGCCUCCUCUCCCACGCUCACCCUCCACCGCACUCAAUGGGGAGCACAAGCCUCCACCGCCACCCUCGUCUCACAAGGGACCGCUCUCCACCCACAAUCACAGCUCUGGCAGGAGUCCAGUGUCUCCAGGAUUUCCUCAGCCACUGAGAUUCACCCCUGAAGGAGGCCCGGGCAAACUACGACCUGUGCGAGCUGCUCCUCCUCCACCCAAACAGCACCCUCGCCGACAGCAGGAGAAGAGCGACAAGACAGAGGAGGUGGAGAUCACACUGGUGUGACAGACAGACAAGCUGGCAGGCGGUGACAGAGACAUAAAAAAUAUAAACAGAUGACAAACAUACGUAUCCUACAGGCUGGGGAACUGAACUGAACUGCUCUGAACUGAAGUCAGCUUCAAUAAAGUGAUGUGAAGUAAAACAAACUGAACCACGUCCAACGCCCCCAGCCUCUCCACAUCUUCUCUCCUACUCAAGUUGAAGAGGAGAGCAGAGAGAGGGGAUAAAGGCAGAGUAUCCAAUUAAAUAACUUCCAUAUUAGCUUCCUAAUGAAGUGCAGCAGUAGCCCCUCCCACACACACACACAUCCCUCUCUGCCCUCCCCUGUCCUUCCAUUCUUGCCUUAAAACUUCACCUCAUCGGGCAGCAAACCCGAGCACACUGAAGAGGAGGAAGAAUGUUUAGAGAGGGGAAGUGCGAGGGAAAGUUAAUGAUGGGUUUUGCAAGUGUUCUUUUAUCUUGUUAAGCUUACUUUAUGAUAUUUUAAGGCAGUUUAUCUCUGCACAGGAAUAUCAUUCUGCUACAUUUAAGAAAUUUCACUUUUUCCACUCACUUAUUAACAAAUAAUGAGAGAAGUUAUGGAGCCCUUAAACUGACAAAAUGUAGUAAAGGGUUACAAGACAAGUCAAAAAUAUAAAAUAGAUUGUAAAUAGAAAUGUAGAGCUUUAUACUUAAACAUUUAAUAAUUUAUCUCUGUUUCCACCACAUUUCCAAUUUUCCUUAAGCAUACAAUUGCUUAUUUUUGGGAACUGUAGAGGGCUGUGUGGCUAGCUAGCGUAACUAAAAACACUGAGCACCACCCUUUCAGUUAGCUAACUAGCUGUAGCUAACUAUUGCAUCGCUGUAUAAACUCUACCAACAGUAAUUAAAUCAUUUUAGUCUGGACGCUAUCGCUAACAACGUUGGCUAGCUAGAACUUCUGAUUUUGGUCUAUUUGACAUUUUGAGCAAAGGGACAUUCAACAACACACACAUCUACAAAAUGUUGAGGGUGAGAUAAUAAAGUCCAUAAUGUUACAAUAUUGUUAUGAAGAUAGAAGCAUGUCUCUAAAGAACUUCUGUGAACUUCCACGUAGCGUAGCAAGUAGUAUGCUUGCAAAAAUGCUUUAGCUACCGUUACAAGAGUUUUAUAUAUUAAUGCUCCAGCAGUAUGCAGUACAGUAUGUUGAUAAUCAACAUUAGGUGCAGUAGCUCGUGUAGCUUAAUGUUAAAAGUUAGCUUCAGCUUGGUAGCUAACAAAAAAGGCUUGUCCUCAGUGUUUCUAGCCACCAGUGUUUUCAGGUAAGCUAACUAGCCACACAGUCAUGUGGUAAAGAAAAUUUUGGGAAAAUAGGGACUAGAUAAAUGAUUUACCAAAUAUAAUAAAAUAAGUGAAAGAUAAAUAGAAAAGUAAAAUUUGAAAGUUUUUAUGUAUUUUAUCAGUUAUAAUUUUGACUUAUCGGAUACCUUUUACUAUAGUUUGAGUGUCAGGGAACAAAAAAAGUAAGCUUGAUGUGAGUGAAUUAGUAUAAAACGUGCCGAACAUGUCAUGACUUGGAUUGCAGUUGGGAGUUUCAAGUAAAUGGACAGAGAAACUGGGUGGUGCAUGGAUGCAGUGUCCCCCCUUGCCAGCCCUUCCCUCGACAUAUAUAGUCCUCAUCAUCAUACGUAUUCAAUGUGUAUUAGUACAGUACAUUACUGUUGUCAUAGGAAUGUUAUGCACAGCGUUUCAUAUAGACUAACUCAGCUGAAUGGAGUACCAUGUCUGAUAUGUAGUGGAAGUUUUAUCCUCAUCUUAUACUGAAAGGGCAUUGUAAAUACAAUAUGAAGGAGAGAUGAAAGAAGAAUGGGAAGGAGAGGGUGAAAGAACAAGAUAGAAAAGGGAGGCUGGAUCCUCCCUUCUGCUCUUUUCUCCGCCUCUCUUCCCAUCCUUCCUUUCUUUCUCUCCCUCUUUUCUCUAAUGUCUGUUCUGUCCAUUGGCAAUUGAAUCAGUGGCUAUUGUAUACACACAUACAGUACAGUUACAUUAUAUUACAUUCAUGUUGCUAUAUCUUCUCAUUCUGUGACCCUCUGUGUGCUUAUAUCACUGAUUGGUUCUGGUGGAGGCCGGUGGUGCUUUCAAAAGGCACUGAAAUGGUUGGUAUUCACUAUGUGGUGACAAAGAAAAGUUGUAUUUGACAUGAUAUAAACUUAUUUGGGGUCAGCAGUUUUUAUUAAUCACAGAAUGAACUGUAUAGCUUUUAUCCCUACUGAUCAUAUCUCCUCUCACAUUAAUUUUGUUCACCUAUGGCAUAUAUCCUUGUUUAGUUGACAUGUACUACAUUCGCAGGUAUUAUUUAUCUCUUGUUAUGCCAUCACAUCACUAUAUGAGCAAGUUUUUUUUAAUACAGCAGAGAAAACAUUUCCCAUUUGGUAUCAUCCUUACGUUUUUCCUUGUGUUUUACAUUUCAACUUUGAUUAACGGAGGUAGAGAUGUAUAAAACGCAAACAUCAUGCUAAAUGGACAGAACUAGCAAAUGACAUUCAAAUUGAGCUAAGUACAAUUGUUUUUGUUUUUUAAAAUCUUUUCCCCUUAAAUACCCUUCAAGCCUUUAAAACUCCUUGCCUAAAGGGCAGCGUAGCACUUUUAUUUAUUUGUACCGUCCCUGGAAAGUAGCAGUACCUUAACAUUGCAUCAGAAUGGAUAGAUAUUACUCUGAUAAAUCGCUGCAGUUUAAUACAGAUAUCAGAGUUAUUCUUUUCAUUCUGAUUCUGUGGUGGAUCCUUUUUAUUUCAGUGUGACUGAUGAUUUUUUUUUAAGUCUCCACUCUUUCAAAGAGAUUGGGAGAUACUUGUGGACAAUGUAAUUUGGUGUUAACUUAUAAAAAGAAAGACGCAAAAACAUGAUUACUGAAAGGGAUGUUUGGAGUGAAGACUUGGAGAGAAUGAGGUUUUUAGAUCUUGAGAUGGGCCUGGCUGUUUUUGUGUGUGAUUGUUUAAAGGAGAGAGGACGAAUUUUGAUCAGAGCUGUGUUUGAAGAUGUAAAGAUGUGUCCCAGUUCCUUCCUACGUAUUUGUUUUAACCAGGGUUUUGGCAGAGCAUUCACGCUUAAAACAUUUCAGAAUAAAAGUCAAAGGUGUUACUACUGGUGAUGCUAAAUUAGCUUCAUUAUUGAGUGUGGUGUUAAUGGACAAUAUUGUCCCCAAAUCUAACACAUGAAAAGAGGGAGCUCCUCAUAAGUGGAGACAAUUAAAACGUAUUGUACCCUGUUGUGAGACAGCUCCACAAAUACGGCAGAAAGCAAAAAACUCAAGUAUUAAAUAUGUUUUGCUUUGUCUUUGUUAUGGAUAUUAUCUGUUGUGCUCCAAAGUUGCAGUGUCAUACCGCAUUUCCUGUUGGUAUAGAACUGUAAAGUAUCUUAAUUUAUUGUAUACUAACAGUAAAAGUAUGAAGAUUAUUAAUAUGUAGUAUGAAGUUGGGGCACAGCUUAAAGCUUCUUGUAAGCAGAGAAAGAAAGCCCUCUAAAGUCCUGAUCUGGGCUCAAAUUGAUUGGGUUCCUCGUUGCCGGGUGGAGGUGAAUUAUGGUCAAAUUGGAAAAUGAUGCAAGAAAGGAAGGAAAUACUUCAACAAAUUAUCAUUUUUUUCUGCAUCAGCUUUUCGAAACAACAUUUUGUGUAGCAUCCACACCUGAGAAAGUUAAGCACGCUGGAAUAAAUUACAGUUUCAGAUCCAAACCUCUGCUCCUCUGCUGUCGUAGGAAAGUUGUAACAGCAGCUUAUUUAUUUAUAAUGGUUAUUAAACUUGUUUUGAAGUUUAUAGUUUACAGCGUUCCACAGAACUUCCCACCAUAAAUGCUUAAUCUCUAGUCUAUCAAAUAUAAAAUGUGUGACUUUUUGUUGCCAGUUGCCACUUUGAAUAUGGUUAUUUCCCCUUUUUAACAGUCCCUUUGGUCCAUUACAGUGUUUAAUUAUUGGAUAUGGACCUGUUUUUGGUUUUUAUGUAUUAUAUAAUUCUUUUAUUUUUCAUUCUUCGAUUUGGAGCAGCUGCACAGCUGCUGCUAUUUACAAAGUGGUGGAAGAACUGGCCUUCUCUCUCUUCACGGACUGUUGCCAUAGUGACAAAAACGAGAACAGGUGCAAAAGUCUUUCUGCAUAUUAUUAUCGGCUGUACAAAAAACAAAGUUUGUAUUUAUUGUGUACAAAUGUUAAUUAAUAAAAAAAUAUUGAAAA